AUGAGAGAAAGUGAAGCACUAAACAGAGAUGUGGUUGAAAAAAUCCAACAAAUCUUGAAUCAAUAUAAUCCAUUUGUGCAAACAUUUCACCACCUUGCACAACGUCAAGAUUUGCAAAGUUGUAGAUUGAUUAUCAAGGAGCAGCCCGCGAAUCAACGACAAUAUUGUCUACCGUCUGCAUCUCAGGUUGCUGCAAUCAUAGUAGGUGGUGAAGGAUCAGAAAACAUUAGAGGUCGAGAUAUUGUUGUGCAAACUACGGAUGGUCAACUUAAGAGUAUCAAAGAUUGUGUCGGCUACUAUGACCCUUUACAAUAUCCAUUGUUGUUACCUUAUGGAACGUACGGAUGGGAUGUGAAUACUCGAAAUAAUACCAACAGAAAAGUGACAUGCUGUGACUAUUAUUCGUAUGUUCUUCAGAUCCGUCAACAUGAUGAAUCGCUUCUACUUCGUGGUGGCCGCCUAUUGCAGCAAUAUGUAGUUGACAACUACGUAAAGAUCGAAUCACAAAAGCUUAGAUGGAUGCGUGAUAAUCAACACACAAUUCGAUCUGAAUUUUAUCGAGGACUACAAGACUCAUUAAUUGCAGGACAAAAUAAUGCAGGAAACAUUGGUCGUCGUAGGACUAUAUUACCAUCAUCUUUUGUUGGUAGUCCCCGUGACAUGUAUCAAAGGUAUCAAGAUGCAAUGACUUUGGUGCAAAAAUAUGGAAGACCAGAUAUUUUCCUAACAAUGACAUGUAAUCCAAAUUGGGAAGAAAUAAGUGAUGAGCUACUACCUGGCCAAGCACCACAAGAUCGACCAGAUUUGCUUACAAGGGUUUUUUGUGCAAAAUUCGAACAGUUGAAGAAUGAUGUUAUAAAAAAAAGUGUUUUAGGCAGAGUUCUUGCAUAUGUAUAUGUCAUUGAGUUUCAAAAGCGCGGUCUCCCCCAUGUUCACAUGCUUCUCAUGUUAGAAGAAAAUGAUAAGCUUAAUAGUCCAGAUGAUUAUGAUCAGAUGGUACGUGCUGAAAUACCAAUUCCAAAUGAAGAGCCUGAAUUGUAUGGUGCCGUGUUAAGGCAUAUGAUACAUGGUCCAUGUGGAAUACACAAUUCACGAUCACCUUGUAUGAAACGUGGUAGUUGUAAACGAAAUUAUCCUAAGCCAUUUGCACCAACUACAGUUCAAGGAAAUGAUUCUUAUCCAGUCUAUCGUAGAAGAGACAAUCAUAAUCCAGUCCCAUUAGAUCAAAAUGCACGUAUAAUGGUGGAUAAUCGGUGGGUCAUUCCGUAUAACUCAUGGUUACUCCUCAGAUAUGAUUGUCAUAUUAAUGUUGAGAUUUGUUGCAGCAUUAAGAGUGUUAAGUAUCUGUACAAAUAUGUUUAUAAAGGUCCUGACCGAGUAGCUUUUGAAGUCCAUCCUGAACCUAUUCAAGAUGAAAUAAAGCAGUUUGUUGAUGCAAGAUGGGUUUGUGCACCUGAAGCUUUAUGGAGAAUAUUCAAAUUUGUAACUAAUCGACUUUAUCCAUCGGUGGAACGAUUACAAAUUCAUCUCCCUGAAGGACAAACUGUUCAUUUUUACCCUCACCAAAGAGUAUCAGAUAUUUUGGCAGAUGACACAAACUCGAUGACUAUGUUGAUAGAGUUUUUUACCAAGAAUACCACUUGCCCGGAAGCACGACGAUACUUAUACCGGGAGUUCCCUGAACGGUUCAGAUGGAGUCAAAGAGAUAAAGUCUGGAGUGAGAGGAUGAAUAACCAUAAAGUUAUUGGCCGAAUAUAUGCAGUUUCGCCAAAUGAGGGUGAAAAAUUCUACUUACGCAUCCUUCUUAAUCAUGUUAGAGGACCAACAUCAUUUGACGAUUUAAGAACAGUCAAUGACAUUGUACAACCAACAUUUAAAAAGGCAGUGGAACAACGAGGUUUGCUAGAAGAUGAUGAUAGCAUCAGACAAUGUCUUCGUGAUGCCUCUAACAUUCGAAUGCCGCCAGCUUUACGAAGGUUGUUUGUUACCAUCUUGGUUUACUGUGAACCGCAUGGAGUAAGAAGAUUGUGGGAUGAAUUUCAUUCAUUUAUGGUAGAAGAUUAUUCUGUCUCAAGUACCAUAAAUAAUACUUUUAUCUUAAACAAGCUUUUGCAAGACUUGAAUGGGCUAUUAGUGCAACAUAGUAAGUCUGUAUCUGAUUACGAUUUACCACAAAUAACACAAGAUUGUGUUAGACACAACACACUUCCAAGGAUAAUACAAGAUGAAGUUUCACUUGACAUCUCUGAAGCAGACCUCAAUGCGGUACAUAAUCUAAAUGAAGACCAAAUGGUAGCGUAUAAUUCGAUUGUGUCUGCUAUUGAACGUCGAGACAAUGCCAUAUUUUUUGUGGAUGGUCCUGGAGGGACGGGAAAGACAUACUUAUAUUGUGCUUUGCUAGCAACGUUAAGGAGCAAAGGUCAUAUUAUUCUGGCAACAGCAACAUCUGGAAUUGCAGCAACCAUAUUGCCAGGCGGAAGGACAGCACACUCUAGAUUUAAAAUUCCCCUCAGUCCAGAUGCAUCUUCCACGUGUUCUAUUAGUAUCCAGUCAGAUUUGGCAGAAUUGAUAAAGAAAAACAUCAGCUGUUGUUUGGGAUGA